AUGGUCCUCAGGUGCUCUCCGAGAUAUCCGAGCCCCAGAUUUUACCCCGAAGGUGUUGAUCCGUACUAUGGAAUAUCUGCACCCACUCCAAACCCCUACAUUCCUUAUACCCAGCCUUCGCUUCAACAGCCCUUGCGAUGCGCUUCAGAGCGAAUGAUGGGCGGAACAUACCCUGAAAGGGUUAAUCAGCAAUUCGGUAAUCCUUCACAAGUACCUCACGGCCAGCCUAUACCACAAGAUUUCGGUGCUCCACCAAAGCCACCAAAAAACAAUCGAAGGAGAGGCUUUAUGAAUGUUCCGAUAUUGAGAAAGUUUUUGCCACUUUUUCAAAAACCAGAGCUCAUAAUGGAGCUCAAAGAACACGAUAGGAUCAGACUGAUACGGAGAAGGGAAGCUAUGGAGGGGGCUCACGAAUCCACGCAAACCGCGGAAAUUCCAAUCCCAACAUCGACGAUUCAGUCGGAACCUACUGCGGACAGUGAAAGCGAAGCGGACGCACUUCCACUCAGUGUCACUUCGAGGGAUCCUCGCGAAGACUCGGAAAGCAGAUUGCCUUAUCAGGAGACUGAAGCCUUCAGAGAAGUGAUAAACGAAUAUGAACAACGUCGCUCAUCGGUCCUGCAGACGAGAAAGUCCAGUGAUGUCAGGGAUCUGAACGUUAUAUCCCAACAGGCGGACGCGUCUCUGAAUUUAACCGAGCUAUUCCCACCGAAGAGUAGAAGAUCCGCUGCCGUGUCUAAAAUUGCCGGCAGUCUCGUGAAAGCUUUCAAUUCAAAGCCUAGAAUCUCAGAGCCUAAGAAAGGUUUUCAGCAUUUGAGUCAAAGUCCGGCCGCAGGAUCCAGCCACCGGGUAAAACCUUGUCAGAAUCCAAAAUGCAUUCCCGAUGUUCAAAACACGAAAUCAAGGAAAGGACACAAACGUAAAAGCGAUGUUCUCACAACCGAGCUAACUAAGGGUCAGAAAAUCAAGGGCAAGGAAUCGAGGGGGAUGCUAACGGAGAAUUCAAAUCGUCGCAGACCAAAUCGACGCAGCGAAUCGGCCAAAGGCGAAGAAGACGAAGAGGAUACCACCGACAACAACGAGACGACCCGUUGAUGGAGGGG